AAGUGUAUCUACUGCCGUAAGCGGUGUGUGAGGCGUGGCCAGGGUGGGGGAGGGGCAUGUAUCCAGUGUUCGUGCGGUCGAUGUCCCACCUCCUUCCACGUUACCUGUGCCCACGCCGCCGGGGUCACCAUGGAGCCGGACGAUUGGCCUUACGUGGUGUCAAUCACCUGCCACAGGCACCAAUCACGGAGCUCGUCUGCUCAGCGUGCAGCGUUUCAGAAGGACAUCGUCCUGGGUCAGACCGUCAUCUCCAAACACAAGAACCUGCGCUACUACAGUUCAAAGGUCACCCAGGUGACCUCCCAGACCUUCUAUGAGGUCAUGUUUGAUGACGGAUCCUUCAGCAACGACACCUACCCAGAGGACAUAGUGAGCAGGGACUGUGCCCGUCUUGGUCCUCCAGAAGUAGGGGAGGCUGUCCAGGUGAAGUGGCCUGAUGGACUCUUCUAUGGAGCCAAAUACCAGGGAUCCAACACCUCGCAUAUGUACCAGGUGGAGUUUGAGGAUGGUUCCCAGGUGGUAGCUAAGAGAGAGGACGUCUAUACUCUGGAUGAAGACCUUCCCAAAAAGGUGAAAGGGCGACUCUCGACGGCAUCCAGCAUGCGUUUCCAGGACGCCUUCUUCACGACCCAGGGAGAGAGGAAGAGACAGAGAACACCCAACUCCCGUUUCCAGAAAGACUAUGUGGCCCUCCCAGGCCUCCUUACCGCCAGCAAGAGCACAUGGGAGCCUCGCAGCCCUAAAGGAAAAUGAUAGAGGGGUGGAUGAAGUGAUGACAAAUGAAUGCACUGAUGUAUGUGUGUGUGUGAGUGUAGCUGUGGGAUGUACAGGUGUGUGUGUGUGUGUCGGGGGGUAGGAAAGAGGGCUGGGCAGAGGACCAUUUAGAUUGGACUGUAUUGUCCUGAAGGGUUAUCAUGAGUUGUGGUGGUUACCCAGUGCUUUCUCAUAAGUCAGGGAUUUCAAAACAAACAGAAAAACGAUUUGUCACCUGAUUUGCGUUUAAAAAAAUAAUAAAAAGACAAAAACACAUGUUUUUCUUUGUAUAUUACCAAAACAAACAGAGCUUCUUCUUUUCUAAACAAGCCCUACAACACAGUAGCGUUUUGGAAUCUGCUGUAUCUACCUGAGGAUUAUUUUGAAUAUGAAUGCAUCCCCCGUCCCAGACUGUGCCCUAAAUGGCACCCUAUUCCCUAUAUACUGCACUACUUUAGACCAGGGCCCUGGUUAAAAGUAGUGCACUUCUAUAAGGGAAUAGGGUGCCAGUGUUUUCCCUCUCCGCAUGUUAGCUGUCGUCUACUGCUUCUGCUCCUCGGCCGCGUCUCCAUACUCUCAAAGCGGCUUCCUCUCCUCGUUUCCUUGUAUACUCGUCUCCUUUCCUUUAUCCUCCAUUCACACUGACCUGAAAGGACUGGAAAGGUGAAGGCGAACACACACACAAAAGACAUCGGCCAUUUUUGAUAUUGCUUUAAUUUGUCUGGCUCAGUGCCAGAUCAGUGCGGAUUAAGUAAAGGAGUUGAGGAAAGGAGACGAGAAGAGGAAGCAACUAGAUCAUUGAGUUCUCUGUCCUCUUAACAUGUGAAACAGAGUUGCUACUGUCGCUGUGUUGAAUAAAAACACGGGGUCGUCUAAUUAUUUAAUUUAAUAUUUUUAUUUAUUUUUGGGGCGUGCUUUUAAAAAAGUAUUGCUAACUGCUGUAAGGAAAACAAUAAAUAACUUCCAUGUCCUG